AUGUCUCGGUCGCUGACGAGCCUUUACAGGGAUUAUCUGCGCGCAGUGCGCCAGCUGCCUCACAUUUACCUCAGACAAUUCUACCGUAUCAAGGCUUCGGACGACAUACGCUCAGCAUUAGCCCGACCGGUAACAGCCCACUGUCGUGUUAAACGAAUAUCCAAGGACAUUCGAAGAAUCAAGGCUGCUACCAGCGGCAGCAAUAAGGCCUUUGCACAUAUCCUCGAUGUCGCUUAUGGUAGGAAGGGGAAACUCCGCUGGGAGCUCAUGGAACCUCUGUUAACAGAUCACCAUGCCUCUCCGCCCGACCCAAUGUUUCCGGGUAAACCAGAUUCACGACCACCAACUUAUUCUCCGGAAUUGAAGACCCUCCUUACCUCGUCUGGCUCUCGCGUCAAACCACUUUCGGAACGCGCGCUUCGCUUCCCCCCUCUGCUGUCCCCCCGAGCUGAUCCAAAAUCAGAGGAGGCAAGACUAUUGGGCCCUCUGAGCAAGCGUCGGGAGCUCAAUUUUCGAUGGCGCUACUUCGUAUCAGAGUGGAAGAAAGUUCGGCCACCUCUAAAUAUAUCUUCUUCACCAACGUAUAACGUCGAAGAACGCUCGACAUUUGGUUUCCAUGGGUCGCAACUAUUUGAAGAAAUCGAAGCCCUCGCUGCUCAAGACCCGAACCUAAAGAGGGGUACUCGGAGAGAGAGAAACACUUCUUGCCACGCAGCCCCCGUCCACGUAGAUAGUCCCUCCCCGACUCCAAGAUGGCUGCGACGGCGUUACCGGGAACUUCUCUCCAGAGUCCCUAUACUGAUCCAGAAGCAGCCAUCGAAGUUCUUUGUAUCGUCUUCCCCGCUAGCCUGGUCCUCAGAACGCUUCAAGGCACCUUUCAUGUCAGAAGUUGACGAUGGGGAUAUCGCCUGGAUGAUGCAGGCUGAAGAAUACAAGCAGCCAACGGAAAAGUCCAGAAAUGAUACGAAAACAUAA